AAAACAGAUGUUCAGAUUCUUGUUGUAUUAAAAUUGAAUUCGGCAAGUGUCGAAGGUGUAAGAAACUAAACAUGAAGCAAUCUUAUAUGCCAGAGUCUGAUAGCGAAGAUGAGCUUCCACCGGGUUGGGUAGAACAGGCAACGGAUGACGGUCUUGUGUGUUAUGCGAAUCGACAAACAAAAGUCACACAAUGGACACAUCCACGUACUGGACGUACGAAGCGUAUAACCGGUGAACUACCCAUUGGUUGGGAGAAGUCCACUGAACCGGAUACCAAACGAACUGUUUUCUUUAACAAAGAGACGAAUCAAUCAACUUAUGUAGAUCCUCGUCUUGCAUUCGCUGUUGAAGAAGCUCCAUUAGAUGUGACAAAAGUGCGUCAACGUUUCGAUGCAAGUAGUACAGCUUUACAAGUUCUACACGGAAAAGAUUUAAAUGGCCGCUUAGCAGUUAUAACUGGUGCUAAUUGUGGCAUUGGAUAUGAGACAGCGCGAUCACUUAUUCUGCACGGCUGUGAGGUAAUAUUUGCGUGCCGAAAUGUGACUGCAACACAAGAAGCAAUUGAGAAAAUUUUGGUGGAAAGGCCUACAGCACGUAGCCGCUGUCGUGUAGCUGAACUUGAUUUGGGUUGCUUUAAGUCUGUACGUAAUUUUGUGACACACAUAAAGGAGACUGUACAACAUAUCGACUAUUUAAUAUUGAAUGCCGGCCUAUUCGGUUUGCCUUAUUCCUUAACUGCUGAUGGUGUUGAAACUACAUUCCAAGUAAGCCACUUAUCCAAUUUUUAUCUAACCAACGAACUCGAGAAGUUGUUUGAUCACAAAUCACGGAUAGUUGUCCUUUCAUCAGAGAGUCACAGAAUGGCAAAUUUACCGGCUGACAAACUCGCCGAACAGCAUUUAUCGCCGCCGCCAGAAAAAUAUUGGAGCAUGAUGGCAUAUAAUAAUGCGAAGUUGUGCAAUGUUUUGUUUGCCCAGGAAUUGGCAAAUCGUUGGAAAGCACGCGGCAUAUCAGUAUUCUCAGUGCAUCCGGGUAAUAUGAUCUCAACGAAAAUACAACGUAACUGGUGGUUUUAUCGUUUGCUCUUCGCAUUAGCACGUCCAUUUACAAAGUCAUUGCAACAAGGCGCCGCCACAACUAUCUAUUGUGCCACUGCCAAUGAACUGACUGGAUUAACUGGUUACUAUUUCAACAAUUGUUAUUUCUGUGAGCCAAGUACAUCGUCGAAGAAGGCGACACUGCGUCUGAAGCUGUGGGAACUCAGUGAACAAAUGGUUCAAAAAAUAUUACAAAAUCCUUUAAAUAAAUAUGAAGAAAAAAUCUAAAUAAUUAUU